ACAUGAAGCAUGCUUCCUGGCUGUGGUCAACUGAUCAUACGGAGUAACAUUUUACUUUUACUGAAAGGCAGAAACUAUAACAGGAAAGAACAUACUGUGGAUGCUAGGAGGGUGUAACACGAUGCCGCCCAGGUUAAUCUUCAGUAUAUUCAGCUUUUUUUUUUAAGAGAGAGCGCCACACCUCUGCCUUCUUAAAAUGGGCAUGUUUAUGAAUUUUAAGCUCACCGACAUUUUCCGUUCUACAAUGACCGAAAACAGUACCUGUGGUGACUGAGGACAGGACUCACUCAUCUCAAAAUCAGGUCUGUGUUUCUCUGGUUUAUACACUCUCGUUUCUAUGAAGUGUUAAGCAUUGCUUUUUAAAAAAUCCUCUUGGUUUGGUUGGAAAUUCAGAAUGAUCUGCCGUACUUCAGUAAGUUGACUGUAGGUGAAUAACUACAGGGUUAAAAAUCAGUUGGUUUGAACUUCUCACCCAGCAACGCUUUACAACUAUCUUGAGGAGAAAAACACCUUUGCCAACAAAAAUCUGACCACAUCCUGCUCAGAGUUCAUUUCUCUGGAGGCUCAAAAGCUACAGAUAUUUAAAGAAACAUGUCUGAGGUUUUUGUGACUUUAAUCUUACACCUCUACCACAUGAUCUUUUCGGUUUGUUUUAUUCAACGGUGACACCACAUACAUACAGUACGUACAUCCAUUCCUGAACACAUACCUAUGAAUGAAACGUAACUUUUCUCGAUAUAUAACAGCUGUUUUCUUUAGAGUAAGGUCCCAGAGGAAAGGGAAUUCAAUCAACGCUCAUUUUAAAUAAGUUUAAAUAACUAGUUUACAUACAACCCUGAUGCAGAAAUAGUAACAUGCUGCAUUAUUUAUUCACUUUCUGUUGCCUAUAAUUAUUUGCUGUGCAGUGCUAAUAUAAAAAGUAUCAUCCCACAUGCACAUUUCCAUUUUUGCGAGGUAUUUAUUGAAUAAAAUGUAAACUAAUUAAAUGUCAUGAGUAUAUUUGAUGUGCUGUUAAUGGGUGGAUCUUGAUGUGUGCUAUCUGUCCAUAAAGCAAAUAAAAGGAAGUUCUUUGAGCAGAAGAAACUCACAGUUGAUGGUGUGCCAUCUUCACACUUGGAGUGACAGCCUGAGUCAGGGUACCUCAUGGUGAGUUCUUGUUACUUUCAGUCUAAUUUUAACUUGAUAGAAGUCUUAAAUAUCAAAAGGAGAAUGAACACCCUUUCUCUUUCUUUUCUUCGCUGUUUAUUUCAAAGCGCCUCUUUCUACCGUUUCAUUUGAAGCGUUUGGUCGAUUUCACAAAGAUCAGAGAGGAAAAUGAAUUUAGCAAACACUGAGUAUUUCUACAAAAAAACCUCAAAGUGACAAGUCAAGCCAGUCAUAUCUGUCACACUCUUCGACACUCUUCUUUGACAUGGUUUCUUACUCUUUCUAUUGGCAUGUGUCAGUGCAGAGUGCCACCAUCUAUUUGUAUUAGUGCCUAAAAACCUACAAGAGUUAGCCUUAUAUGUUACUGUAGCAAGUAAAUUCAAUUUCUCACUUAGAAAAGGUAUAAUUAAAUAAUUGUGUAAUAUUGAAGAAGAAAGGAGAUUUUAGUUUAUUUUGGUAAAAAAUAACUUUGAUACAAUCAUCAAAUAAAGAUUUAUUUUACAAACCCAUUGAGGGAUUUUUUUGCUCUUGAAGUGUUACAGGUGAACUGUUCAGUUUGAAGUCAGGAGGUCCCUUUAUCCAUGAUCCAUUUAGUGUUGGCAAGAUGAAGCAAAAAAUACUAUUAAUUGAAGUAAACUCUCAGAUUUUACCAUUCAUUUCUAUUCAGACUGAAAAAGGGAUUUUCUUGCUAGGUUAAAUAAAAAUUGAGGAUGAAGGAUGGAUAAUAACCGACCAGAAAGAUACCAGGCAUGACACACUGUGAAGUUGCAUCCACACAGCCAGCAUUUCAGGUUGUGGCAUUAAUUAGUCUGGUUCUACUUAAGUUUUCUGCCUGUUUUUAAAGACUUUUUAACAUUAUCUUUAAAAGUAAACAACGAAGAAAUCAGGCUGUGUGUGAAAAAGAGAAAAACAAAUGAGAAAUAUAAAUAUUUCAGAUCAGUGGAAAAAAAAACAGCUAAAUGACGGUCAGGUCGGAAAAAAAGGUGAAAUGACAUUAAAGAGCUGCUGAGCGUGGGUUAAGGUUAGCACGCCUUCUCUUGCUCUGUAUCUGUUUUACAGCGGUGAGGCAGAAGAGUAAAAUUGGUGCAACCUACAUUUAAGGUGGUGUUGAUCGUAAAAAAAAAAAAUAAAGUGGAUCAGCUUGUGUCCACCGUGCACAGAGCAAAAAAGUGUUUUAAGACUCUAAUGUACUGCCAGUUGAAGGUGAGAUCUUUAAUCUUCAGUUACAUCUUGUCUGCAAAUGUGAUGCAUAGAGACGGGAUGGCAGGGGAAGUCCUUCUGCUUCUGAUCUGCUAUCAGAAGUUGUCAUAGAGAUAUAACUGGGAGGCGGGGGGUGUAGUGUGUAGCAGGGUGGAGCAGCGCUGUGUCUGUCUGUGCAUAUCCGAGCGUAUGUGGAACUCCUGCUGAGUGUUAACAUGCCAUGCCCAUCUCACACAAACCUCGAGUUAAAAUGUCUGGGGUCAAGAUUGUUGUCUUACAGUUAAAAGGAAAUACUUUGCGGUUGCCAUGUGCUCGCUCAUGAAGAGGCAUCAGUUGCUGAUAAAUGAAGCAAAUGUGAAGGCCCAAAAGUCUGCAGCUCCAUAGUUGUCCAUUUGAGGCUUGCUGCAAAAUCAGAGGAAUCCCCUUCAUAAAAUGUCAGUUUCAAGAAUAGAAUCAAACAUAUUUACAGCCUGUUACAAGAACGUUUUCUUCACUCACACAUAUUAACUGCGGCCUACGUUGAGGUGUGAAUUAGUGGUGCUAUAUAGAAAUGAUUCAGACGCAGGAUCACACCUCUUUCAACACUUAAUUCAAACCUUUCUCUCUCGUCUCUUUUUACUUUCGCAUUACUUGCCCCUCUCUCCCACCACCUUUUUCUUGUACAGCUUUCUUUCGUCUUAUCUGUAGUCUCUGUAGGGGUUUGCUUAACAAAAGUGGAUCCCGUGAUGAUUCGACAGAAUGAUGUCAAAAUCAAUGAUAAUAUCAAUUUGAAUCUCCAUCAUGACUUACCUUUUGUUUCCCUUUUAUAACAGGGGUGUGCUAACACUAAAAGGCUCCAAGUUAGCUACAUGAGGAAGAGCCUACUCCUCAUCUUCUUCCUCUGCUUUUUUCUGCUGUCUCUCCUCAACGGUUGGCCUGAAGGAUUUCAAACACUGACAGCGAUAAACCCCUUCACGAACUGCAGCAGAGGUGGUAGAAAUGUGACCAUCUUAGUAUGGUACUGGCCUUUUGGUAGGUCAUUUACCCUCAAAGGGGACAUGUGCUGGGACCGCUUUCAAAUCCCUCACUGCAGACUGUCGGAUAAGCGCUCCAUGUUCCCCUUAGCUGAUGUGGUGGUGUUCCACAGCCAAGAGCUGUUGCUGGGCCAACAAAAGCUGCCCUCUGACCUUCCUCGUCCACAGGGACAGAGGUGGGCCUGGAUGUCCUUAGAAGCUCCUCCUAAUGAAACGAACCUGCACCAGUUUGCUCAUCUCUUCAACAUGACUGUCACCUACAGGAGGGAUGCAGAUGUCACUGUUCCCUAUGGCGAGGUGCAACCAAAAGAAGAUGGAGAUGUAGAGGAAGUCCCUCAGAAUAAAAGCUCUCUUGUGUGUUGGGUGGUCAGCAACUACAAUACCCAGCACAGAAGAAGCCAAGUGUACAAGAACCUCACUGAAACCAUUCCUGUCAAAGUUUACGGUCGCUGGGCAAGAAAACCUCUGACUUCCAGAUCCCUGUUGCAUACUAUCUCCUGCUGCUACUUCUAUUUAGCAUUUGAGAACUCAGGCAGCAAAGACUACAUCACGGAGAAGCUGUGGAGGAACGCCUACCAAGGUGGAGCAGUGCCUGUUGUCAUGGGACCUCCGUUAGAUGAUUACAAAGCUGUGGCUCCACCUAAAUCUUUCAUACAUGUUGAUGAGUUUUCCUCUGUAAAAGAGUUGGGGAAUUAUCUACAACAGUUAGCAGAAGAUAAGGAACGCUACAGAGAGUAUUUUACCUGGAAACAGAAGUGGAGAGUGAAGCUGCACACAGACUGGAGGGAGAGACUGUGCAGGAUCUGCUUACAAUACGAUUGUUUACCUCAACAUAAAGUUUACUCGGACCUAGCAGCCUGGGCUAAUCCUGUUAGCACUUAGCUUGCACAGUUCCUGUUUGUUUCUCAGUAUUAGCUCGUAGAUGAUCUCAUUUUCCGCACUCAGCGUUAAUCUUAGUGAUUUGCCAAAUAAAGUUAAACAUGUUCUAACUGUGAUAGAUAAUCAAAACAACAAACUCUAAAAGACUGAAUCCAGUUUAGCUUAGGAAAAGACUGACACUUGAUCAAAAAGGGUCAAAUGGUAUGCUAUGAGGUUGCUACAGCGUAUGCUUGUGCUGCACUGAUCUAGCAUUACACAUUACAACUUUAUACACAGCCCACAGCUCUUCUAUAUUAGCUGUGAGGUUUCAGUGCAAGACUUGAAAAGCUACACUGAGUUCAGCUUGGCACAGAGACCUUAAGUCAAUGGUGCCACUCACUGCACAGGUAACAAUAUGUGGCCUGUAUAACCACAGACUUACACAAUAUUUGCUGUGGUCUAACUCAUGGUUAGCAAUCUCAAUAUAGUGUACCCUUGCACUCUAGAUUCUGUAACAGGAACUGAAAACCGUUAUGCAAUUGUCUUAGUUGUACAUCCAUAAACCAACAAUGCAAACUCGGUACUUCCUCGUUUAAAGUGGAAUAUUGUUAAAAAUCGGUGUUUUAAUCUAGAAAUUUUCUUACGGAUUACUUCUUUGUUCUACCAGAGGACAGCACCAGACUUACUUCAACAAUAAAGCACAAUUUUUAAUCUCAAA